GAAAAGUUGUAUUGGACUAAAGAACUACUGUACUGUCUUCUAACGGAGCCUGCCUAUAUCUGUGCUGCUGGAAGUCUAAAGGACCAUCUCUCUCUGUGUGUCUGUGUCCCUCCAGAGAUGCCGUAGAGGUUGUGGGUGGUCUGUAUGAUCAGGUGGAUGAGCUGGUUCACAGGCUGGUGAUGCUGUCCAACCAACGCACUCAGGAACUGGACUUUAUCAUGGAGUUCAAGAGUCUGGAGCAGGGAUUCAAGGAGGUGACUGACUGGAUUGAGGAGGUAGGGGAGAGUCGUCUGAGUACUCUAGCAGAGCUGGAAGAUUCUCUGGAGCAGCUGCACAGCAAACAGACCCUCUUCAGAGACUUCUACACUGCUGCUUACGAGCACUGUAAGGGAGGCGAGGCGCUGCUGAAGCGUCUAGAGCGCUGGGAAGAUGUGUCGUCAGCCGAGCUGCAGGUGUACGAGGUCAAAGUUCGAUCCUUCUGGGUCCACCUGAACGACUUCUCCCAGAGGGUAGAAGACACCAAGACCAACAUCGACAAGACCGUACGUCUCUAUGAGUUCUUCGACAAGGUAAGAGGAACAACUAUCUCUUUCUCU